AAGAACCAUCGCAUAAGCAUAACAAGUUAACCCAUUGUCAAGCAAUCCCGAAUCCUUCUUUAGCUUUUUCUUCUGAUCCUCUUAUUGUCAUUCAAGUAAUUCCACCCACUUUAAUUUAUUCGCACAGGAACUUAACUAUAACUCCUUCACCUCUUGUAGUGGUAUAAAUAAAAUACACCCCACAUUCAUAUUUUGAACCCAAGUCACAACCAAAUACCAACACACACUUUUUUAUUUAGUGGAAAAUUUCAUUGAAACACCUCACAAACAUGCCUUUUGAAUCAUCAGCCAAGUCUAGUCAAUCUCCCCCUGCUGAAGGCGACAAGCACAAGCAUUUGGACAGGGAAAUUAGGGAGAUGGUAUCUGCCAUCACUCACCGUGUAACUGAUUUUCACAAAGCUGGCUCCACCCACCAUUUGGAGAAAGAGCAUGAAGAUGACACGAGGAUCAUUACCCUCACAGGAACCAAUGAUGGAGCAACACUGCGAAGCGAAUUGGAUGAAAAAUCGGGCAAAACUUCUCAUGGUGAGUCUGAAGAAUUGAGCACCUUUGUUAACAGCAACUUUCAGGCCAUCAACAACUCCAUCAUGUUUGGUGGAAGUUACCAAGCCAAUGACCCUGGUGUGCAUUUGGAUAUCUCUGAUUUCACUGAUGACCAACCUCCUCAGAGCCAAAAACACAAGGUUGAGAAGCUAGGGAAGAAGGGAAAGAAAGAGAAAGAAGGUUCCAAAAGUGAUCAUCAAUUUGGCUUUUAAUAGAAAAUGGUACCUGCAUAAAAGAGUGCCGCGGAAUAAACAUCUUGUGUCAAUAUUAAACUACUGGUCCAUGUAUGUUUGAAUAACCUUGUUUUUCUGAUAUGUUUUUGAAUUAUAUAUUUUGUGUGUUUUUUGUUUGUGGGUUGUGAAUCAAUCAUAUUGGAGAUAGUUAUCGUUAUAAAAUACUUUUUUUUGCUGACUUCCAUAAUAAAAUAUACUGCCAUUAAUAGAUA